UGGACGAUUGAGAGUCCGCGGAGCUCCGAGGCGGGAGUCCUGACCAGCUGCGCUCGAGAGGAACCGGAACCAGGGCCUAUGGCUGGGGCAGGUCCCAGCGACUGCGCCUCCGCGAAUGGCGCGUAAACCGGGGGAUUUCAGGGGCAGGGAUUUCAGGAAGGAUCUUCGGCUGCGCGCGGGGCCGAGAAGGAAAGAUGAGCCUGGUGUGGGCAAAAUUUCAAAUGAGCUGGACAGCACUGUGAAGGAGCUUGCAAGCAGCCCCCAGAUCCUUGAGAUGGCAGAAUGCAGGGCACCCAAAACCAAGAAGGGGUUGAAAGGCUCCAUUGAUGAUGUCCUUGGUGACCUCUUGGGGGAUGAGAUGACACUACCUGAGAAGCCUGUUAAACUAGCUUCAUGUGCCAGAGAUGCCAUGGGUGUAGCUCAGGUGCCUCCUUCUUCAAGGGCUAGAACAAAGUCCCUCCUGAAAAAUGACGCCUUGAGCACCAUGGCAGGCCUGGAAGGAGCUGAUGCGGAGGUUUCCGACAUCACCGCAGACCCGCAGGCUUUGCUCCGACCUAUGAAGGAUCUGGAUGACAUGGACGCCGAUCUCUUAGGUCUGAAGAAGUUUAAUCUAGCCUCUAGCAAAAGAGCUGCAAAGGACUCUGGGAAAGAAGAGUUGCCUAGUAAUCCCAAACCUGCCAACAUGUUAAUAGCCGAUGAGAAAGGGAACACCAUUCCCACCAAGAAGGCACCUCCUCCCAGCAGCUUUGGGCGUCAGUUCAGGAAGUUUUCCUGUGAAGACUUGGAAGACCCAUUGGCAGGACUUCUCUCCGACGAAGAGGAAGGAACCGCCACGAAGCCACUCAGGACAGAGAGUAUAACAGCUUUGGAAGAGAGCCCAGCCCCAGUCAGAGAUCAAGGUCCUUCUAGUCCUCUAACUCCUGGGGACACCCCGGUCCGAAAGAAAGAAGAAUUUCUGUUUGACGAGGGGGAUGACAUCAUGGCCGCCCUGGGGUUUGGAGACAGCCCCAAAGCAGAGAGGAGGCAAACGGGAGACCAGCAAGGGUCCUUGGAAGGGCCUCGCCCUGCUCGCUCCACGCUGGAUGAGCUGCUGGGUCGGGCCACUGCCUCCAAACUCCUGGCCCGCCCGGGCCCCGGGGAGCACAGGGAGUUCGAGCUGAACAGGAAGUACCAGCGGGCGCCGGACGAAGAAGACACGUGGGAUGACGAGGACUUCACCUUUGGGGCCUACCAGCCCACCGUGGGCUCCUCCAAGGGCCAGCAGUCCCACCGGCAGUUGGUCAGGUUCUUAGCAGAAGGUGGCACCGACCCCAAGGCAGAACCUGACGCCAAACAGAGCAGCCCAUCAACACCCAGCCCCUCCCACCCCAGGAGGGGAGGAGCUGACUGGUUGGGCCUCAAGGACAACUCAGAACCACUCCCUCCCUCUCCCACCAGAGAGGCUAAAAGAGGAGGCUCCUCUCUCUCCACACCCUCGCUACCCGCUCCCAAAAGCCAACAUUCCGCCCCAGGCCAGCAGGCUGCCCCAGCUGGGCUGCCUUUAACGGCAAAGCCACCACCCGAGGGUGCAGGUUCCCCUGCCAAAGCCAGCCAGGCUUCCCAGCUGGGAGCUGCUGAGAAAGAGGAGGAGGAGGAUUGGCUGAGCCAUGCCUUAGCUCGAAAGAAGUCCCGAGGUCUGGCCCGCGAGGAGCGCACCAAGGCCUCUGAGGGCCAGAACUCCGUGGGGGCAGCAGGCCAGCCCCCCUCCGACAGCCGGCCCGUUGCCAGCACUCAAGGACUCAAGCAAGCAGCUGCUGGAGGGACCUCAGGGACAGCCACACAAAAGCCGCCCACCAGGCUUGCCACCUCGGGGUCCUCUGUGACUUGGAACCAGGACACCCUGGCCCUCCAUGCAGGUGACCUAAAGAAGGGAACAGCCCCUGGAGACCUCUCUGGCAUUGAGCCUGCAGUUUGGCUCCCAAGCUCCCAGGAACCCACAGGACUUUCUGUUCCUGUCCAGCCCCUGCUCCCAGAGUCCGUGGCGCGGAGCCUGCUGCCAAGCAUAGAAUACCAGAGGCAGCUUCAGAGCAGCACUGUUGAGCUUCGGGCUGACCUUCUGCAAAGUCAGGCCCGGCUGGCAGAGCUGGAGGCCCAGGUGCAGAAGCUGGAGCUGGAGCGGACGCAGCACCAGCUGUUGCUGGAGAGCUUGCAGCAGCGGCACAAGGCUGAUCUGGAGCUCAUCGAGGGCGCCCACAGAAGCCGAGUAAAGGUGCUCGAGACUUCAUACCUGCAACGGGAAGAGCGGCUACGGAGGGAGAACGAGGAGCUGUCCGCCCGGUACCUGUCGCACUGCCAGGAGGCCGAGCAGGCCCGCGCCGAGCUCACAGCCCAGCACCAGCGGCGCUUGGCGGCCGCCGCACAGGAGAAGGACCAGGAAAUGGAACGGCUCCAGGAACUGCAGCGGGCCUCCAUCCUGGAGAUGCGCCGGGACCAUGAGGAGCAGCUGCAGCACCUGAAGCUGCUGAAGGACCGAGAGAUCAACGCGGUCACCAGCGCCACCUCCCACACGCGGUCCCUGAAUGGCAUCAUCGAGCAGAUGGAGAAGUUCUCCGGCAACCUGCACGAGCUGCAGUCCCGCGUGGAGGCCUCGCACCUCGCCACCACCCAGGAGCGGGAGCUGGGCGCCCAGCAGCGGGACGGGCAGCUCCGAGUGCUGCAGGAGAGGCUGGCCCGGCAGCAGCGGGACCUGGAGGAGGAGCGCAGCCGGCUGCAGGAGGUCACCGCGAAGAUGGAGGCGCGCCUGGGCGAACAGAGCCGGCUCCUGGAGCAGGAACGCUGGCGGGUGAAUGCUGAGCAGUCCAAGGCAGAGUCCACACAGCGCGCACUGGAGGAGCAGAGGAGGGUCAUGGUCCAGCAGAUCACCAUGGAGCGCGAGGAGCUGGAGAGGGCCAAGAGUGCCUUGCUGGAGGAGCAGAAGUCUGUCAUGCACAAGUGCGGGGAGGAGCGGCGGCGGCUAGCAGCCGAGUGGGCCGAGUUCUUUGCACAGCAGAAGCUGAGUAAGGAGCGGGCCGAGCGCGAGGCAGAGCGGGCACUGCAGGUGGACACCCAGCGGGAGGGUGCCCUCAUCAGCCUGGCCAAGGAGCAGGCAGAGCUGAAGGUCAGGGCGCGCGAGCUCCGGGCCCAGGAGGACCAGCUGGCAGCUGAGCGGGAGGCGCUGGAGCGGGAGCGACAGAAGGUGCAGCUGGAGAAGGAGAGGGUCAGUGCUGUGGCCCUGCGCCUGAGGCUGCGUGCCAAGGAGGUGGAGAGCACGAGCCAGGUGGCCUCAGCAAAGCAUGAGGAGGGGGAGCGGGCACUGCGCGAGGCCCUGCAGGUGCCAUCGGGGCAACAGGCCCAGCUACAGCUGGUGCAACAGCGGUGGCUGCAGGAACAGGAGCCACACAUGCGCCAGGCAAGGCCCCUCCCAGCUCUGGCUGCCCCGACCGGUGCCCCCCAUCUCCACCCUCCCAGCUACGUCCUUCUCUCUGGGGCACUGGGACAGGGACAUCUAAGUCUGGCCCAGCAGAGGCUGCAGCUGGACCAUGUCCAGCAGACCCUGCCCUCCAGCCACGAGGAGCCGCUCCCCGGGGCCCAGGGCCUGGAAGCCUCCUGUCUGAGUGCCACCCUGACUCCUGCUCCUGGCACUCCUGGCUUCAGCCCGUUGCUGGCUGGCCUGGGCUCCUUGCACCUCCACGCCGAGCUGGCGCUGCUGAGACACACAGCUGAGCAGGACCGGGACUUCUUGGAGGACGAACAGUUCUUCCUGGAGACCUUGAUGAAAGCCUCCUACAACAUGACAUCCCAUUCAGCUUGAAGGGCCUGGCUACCUCCUUGGCAGAGGUCUCAGAUGCUGGAACUCUGUCCCGCUGCCCUGCUGCCACUCCAGGGGGCCCAGGGAAAGCUCUGCAAGGCCCAGGGCCUGAUUACAGCUCUUCCUGUCAACAGGGUGCAAGUGCCUUCUUUCUGAGCACCUCAAGCACAUGGUGCCCCCAUACCUCCAGGGUUUGAGGUCCAAGGCCUCAGGGGAGACAUGAUGCCACGUGGCCCAGCCCCAUCACGCUGUCUACCGCAGCUUUGGUUCUGUGGCCCCAUGGACUUCCAGUUCAGACUCAAGGGUCUGGCUGGGCUGUGUGGACCCCUUCCCCUCUGGGCAGGCAGAUGGUGUGGGGAUCUUUUCACCUGGGCCUCCUCUGAGGCAGGGGUGUCUUCCUAAGGGAUACCACGAGCAGCCUCCUGUCCUCCCCACCUGAAGAGACAGCACGGGGCCUGCUCACAAAUGGGGACGCAGAGUUGGGCCACACAUUUUGAAGGGCCUUCCAGCCUCCUGGCCGAGGGGGUGGGUGUAUUGUGCGGCUCAGCCAUCCCCUCACGCUCUCAGGUUGGCGCCCACAAAGUCCCCACUCGUUCCCAGCUCUGAGUAACUAACUAGCCUGGCAAGGACACUGGCUUGCAGGGGCAGGGAUGGGGGCUGUGGGUGAUGCUGGGCUGUAGGGAGGGACAGGGAGAGAAGACUCUGUGCUGUUCCACCUGCCCUGAAGCCACAGCAGGUGGGGAUGAUGACAGAGGAGCACCCCUGCCCUGGGAGGAUACCGAGCACGGGGGACCAGGCUGCUUGCUGCCCCUGGGGCCUCUGCACCUCUCCACAUGUGGGCAGUGGGCCACUGUCACUGCGGAGGUGCCAGGGGAGGGGCGAGAGGAUUAGUGGUUGUCCCCAGCAGACCCAAGGACAGACGGACUGAAUAAAUCAUGAUUACUUCUGAAGCAGUCUCUUCCUGAGAGCAAUGUCAUCACCUCUGUUGAAGGGAGCAAGCCAGCAGAGGACAGUGCUGAGGGACAUCUUCAUGAGCAGUUUGUGUGUCUGCUCCUUCAGAAAGGCUUUCAGAGGGUCCUUUCCCUACCAACAAUUUAUAGCCUUCAUCUCAGACCCACUAAAUCGCUAUAUAUAUUUUUUUACCUAGUUGCCCCAUCGUCAUUUUUUUUUUUUUAUUUUAUUAAGGUAUGAUUGAUAUAUACUCUUAGGAAGGUUUCACAAGAAAAACAAUGUGGUUAUAUCACCCGUAUUAUCGAAUCCCCCACCACACCCCAUUGCAGUCACUGCCCAUCAGUGUAGUAAGAUGCUAUAGAAUCACUACUUGUCUUCUCUGAGCUACACUGUCUUCCCCGUGCCCCCACACACCAUGUGCACUAAUCAUGAUACCCCUCAAUCCCCACCUGGCCUCCCCCACAUCUCCCCUUUGGUAACCACUAGUCCCUUCUUGGAGUCUGAGUCUGUUGCUAUUUUGUUCCUUCAGUUUUGCUUCGUUGUUAUACUCCGUAAAGGAGGGAAAUCAUUUGGUACUUGUCUUUCUCUGCCAGACUUACUUCACUGAGCAUAAUACUCUCUAGCUCCGUCCAUGUUGUUGCAAAUGGUAGAAAUCGCUAUAUUCUUAAUGACUGGAUUCUCAAAAACUUGCUAUAUGGUUCAUCAGAGUUUGUGCUGUUAAAAAACAAAUCAGAGUAAAUUUGAAGAUCUCAUUGCCCUUAUCAAACAAUUCGUGAAUCAAGCAGCAUCCCAGUCAGCAUGCAGAGGGGAGCUCUCAGUGAGACAGGGACCAUGGGCUUAGACAGAACAGGGUGGGGGCCUCCAGAAAAGCAAGGCACGAAGUUUGCUGUCAGAGCAGUGUAACUAGCCCCUAGUUUAGAGCAAGGAAAGCCCCCCUAGUUUAAGACUGUGUUAAACAGUAAGCUCUGUUAGAAAACAGCAUAAAACCUAAAUGUGAUUUAUUCCCACCAGGAGGUUUAAAACAUUUUAACAGGUAUUAACAAAGGGCCACGAGGUAGAAGCCGCUCGGGCUGAGAGUGGGUGGGAACUGCUAAGGGCCUGGCUGUACAUACUGUUUGAGUUUUUCAGACCUACCAGUAAGACUAAGACAAAUACAAGGGAAAGAUGUAACUGGCUUAGGCGAUGUCUGGGGAACAAUGUGAACCCUGUGGUUCUCAGCCAAUGAGGAACCAGGGGAGGGACUCGCGCACUAGGAGAUGAAUUACUGGCGCCAAUCUCCCCAGGCGUGCCUGCUCACCGGACACCCGAUUUUGCAAGACCAUCAUUAAAGUAUCGCUCCCCUGUUCUCUUUAUCUCCGUGUCCACUUAUUGAAAUUUGGACCAGUGAGUGUGUUUCUCACAGCUCUAGGGUCAUUCUUCAGCGAGAUCAGUUAAUAUUCCCCAGAUAAAGAAGAGUAGCACAUGUUUUUAUUAUGCUAAUCAUUUAUAAUCAUGUGUAAGAUUCACUUUAGCAUGCUAAAAGGCCCAGGCCUCUGUGCUGUCUUUUCUCCUUCAGAUCAGAUGUGAUUUUGCACACUGGGCAACUAAUUUAGCAAGUAAGCCCAGGCAUAAACAACAUAGUAAAAGGCAAGAAGGAUUCCACCUUAAAGAUAAGAUUGCAUUUAAUACCCAAGUUAGAAAUUCUUAAUUAACUCUUUAGCAAACAAUACCUCAGCCCACCUUGGGGGCUGGGCAGGCGGCCUUGUUUGAUAUGCUCCCACGCCAAGACGCCAGUACCAGUAUCUCAGGGAGAAAUCAGAGCAGGAAAUUCUUUGUGUUAAGUUAAUUCUAAAUAUUCAGGCAUUACUUAACAAGUCCACACCCCUAAGCUUUUAUCCAGUUCUCAAAAAUCCUCAACCACCUACAAAACCCCUAGUAGGGCAACACACCACUACAGGCUCUCUUGUUCCGUCCUGGCAUGAGCCACGAGCUCUGACCUCUCACUGUAUCUCUCAAUAAAAGCCUCUCCCUGACUUUCCUAC